AUGCUCUCGACUUCCAAUAUCGGUCCUAUAUCACAGCAAUACUCGGCAGCUGCUACUGUACCUCUCAUCAAAUCGCCCUCCCUGUGGCUCCCCAAACCUGUGGAGUUGCCGACUGAUGUUCACCCUCUGCCUGAAGACAUCACCGCCUAUUUUGUGUACCCGUUCACACUGGAGGAGCAUGUCCGGCAGCAACAUCCUUCGCCGCACGAAGCUAUCGCCCAAAGACGUGCGCGCUUGGCAGAAGUGUUGCAUCAGAGAGAAGAAGAGGAAGAGCGUAAAGAGAAAGAUGAACUGAGAAGAAUAGCCCCAGGGUACAACCCUUCUUCCCUGCUCGUACCGACUUCUACAAACCAUACGCCCAGCACAUCUAUAUCCCAAUCUCACGGCGGCCAGCCAGCACUAUCAUCCUUAUCCAGGGAUGUAACUGGAUCCGAAGGGGGAGAGGCGAGGGAAGGGGCAGGAGGGGAUCCGAUGGAUGAUCUGGUUGCGCGGUUGGAAGAGAUGGAGGCGAAGAGAUGA